AUGUGGGCUAACAAUUUUCCAGUUUCAUCAGUUGUUGUUGACCUGAGGUCUUUGUCAAAGUCAAAAGUCUUGAUAUUCGAAAGUCUGCCAGUUAGCCCUGAAGGCAAAGGCCUAUUCGAAAAUUGUCUUAAAAAAAUGAUGUGGCCUAAAAAUACCUGCCUAAAGGAAGUAUUUGAACAAAAUUUCAAAUUUGUUAUGGACGGCGGCAUAAAGAAAAGUCGAAAACCCAAUCCACGUGAAAAUGCUUUUCCUCUAUCAGCUGCAACAUUUUCGCGUGACUUAGACGAAUCGGACCUAACUGAAACUCUCACAGAACAUAAAUCCAGCAUCCUCGGAAAUAAGAUGGAGAUUUAUUGGAAGGCAGAGGAAGAGCGAGCGGCCGCUAGAAAAACGGAACCUUCCCUCCAGAGGGUGCUGAUAAAAGUUUUCGGAUGGGAGUUUUUAUUUUAUGGAAUAGUUUUGUCUUUGAGCGAAGCGAUUCGGAUAGCCCAACCAAUGGUGUUAGGCCUUCUUAUAGCAUUUUACACCCCUGGUCAGACAGACAUCACGCAAGGGGAUGCCUACUAUUAUGCAGGAGGGGUAGUUUUAUGCUCCCUGAUCAAUAUCAUGUGUGCCCACCCUUACAUGCUCGGGGUGCUUCAUUUGGGGAUGAAAAUGAGGGUAGCAUGUUGUUCCUUAAUUUACAGGAAGUCAUUGAGACUUAGCAAAACCGCCUUAGGAGAGACUACUGCUGGUCAGGUAGUCAAUCUCUUAUCGAAUGACGUCAAUAGAUUUGAUGUGGCGGUACUAUUCGCCCACCAAUUGUGGGUGGGACCAAUCGAAACUAUCAUUUGUUCUUAUUUAAUGUACUUACAAGUCGGUAUUUUUGCCACCGUUGGAGUAUUGGUUUUGAUACUGUUCAUACCCAUUCAGAUUUACUUAGGAAAACGUCUUUCUAUUUUACGUUUGAAAACGGCACUGCGAACAGAUGAAAGAGUUCGUUCGAUGAAUGAAAUUAUAUCUGGUAUACAAGUAAUAAAAAUGUAUGCUUGGGAAAAACCAUUCGCACAAUUAGUUUCGUUAGCAAGAAGAUUCGAGAUAAAAUCUAUUCGAACAUCCUCCUUUAUGCGAGGAGUACUGCUCUCUUUCAUCAUGUACAGCACCAGGAUCUCAAUUUUCGUCAGUAUUCUUGCCUAUGUCCUAUCCGGGUACGACAUAACGGCAGAAAAAGUAUUCGUACUUACCUCGUUUUACAAUAUCCUACGUCAAACCAUGACAGUUUUUUUCCCGCAAGGGAUAUCUCAAGUAGCAGAAGCCAAAGUUUCAAUAAGAAGACUGAAUAAGUACAUGAUGUAUGAUGAAACACAGAUUGCCAAAGCUAAUAGAAAAUCGGAGAUGAUGUGGAAAGGAAAAGCUGAAAGUGAUCUCAGCAAGUCGAUGAAUGGGGUCGGGACCCAGAAAGAAUUGGGGAUCAGUUUAACGAAUGCCAGCGCAAAGUGGAGUGAAUCCUCUAUGGACAAUACCUUGAGCGAUAUCAAUUUGAAGGUAGGUCCUAACCAAUUACUAGGGGUGAUAGGCCCCGUAGGUAGCGGCAAAAGCUCUCUACUCCACGUCAUCCUCCAAGAACUCCCAUUAAUCGACGGCACGUUGAAAGUGUCGGGGGAAAUAAGCUACGCAUCGCAAGAUCCGUGGCUGUUCGCGGGCUCCGUGCGGCAAAACAUCCUCUUCGGUCUGCCCAUGGACAAACUGCGGUACAAGACGGUCGUCAAAAAAUGUGCCUUAGAAAGGGACUUUUCACUGCUGCCCUACGGCGACAAAACGAUGGUGGGGGACAGGGGGGUGUCGCUGAGCGGGGGCCAAAGGGCGCGGAUCAACUUGGCGAGGGCGGUGUACAAACCGGCCGACAUUUAUCUUCUCGACGAUCCCCUUUCUGCGGUGGACACGCAUGUGGGCAAGGAAUUGUUCGAGCAGUGUAUCACCGGGUAUUUGAGAAACAAAAUUGUCGUUCUGGUCACGCAUCAGAUACAGUAUCUUCAAGAGGUCGAUGAUAUCUUGUAUUUGGAGGAUGGGAUACCAAAGACAGGUACUUUUAGAGAACUCCAAGCGAGUGGUCUCGAUUUCACCAAGGUGCUAGGAGAGCACGUCACCAAAGAGGAAGAGAUAAAGGAAGAAUCGGAAAUCGGCCGGCAGAUGUCCAUCAGGAGCGUCGCUUCCGUGGAAGUCGAAGCUCCCAAAGAAAUCGAGGAACAGAAAGGAAGUGGCUCGAUCGGGUCCUAUGUAUACAAAGCUUAUUUCAAAGCUGGUGGAAACUGUUUUGUGAUAUUCAAUUUAUUCGUGUUGUUUUUUGCUUCACAACUAUUUGCUAGUGCCUCGGACUAUUACUUAACUUACUGGGUUAAUAUAGAACAAGAAAACAACGCCGAAAGACACAAUUACAUUCAAACAAACAAUAGAUCGAACACAACGACACUGUCGACACUUCAAAAAAACGACUUCUGGCACUUUUCUCGAGAAGUUUCCAUCUACAUCUACUCCAUCCUCAUAGUUUUGCUGAUCAUACUCACUCUGCUGAGGACGUUCGCGUUCUUCUCAAUCUGCAUGAAGGCCUCAACCAAACUCCACGACAACAUGUUCACCAGCAUCACGAGAGCUACCAUGCGGUUCUUCCACACCAACAGUUCCGGAAGGAUCCUCAACAGGUUCUCCAAAGACAUGGGCGCCAUAGACGAACAACUGCCUGCCGCCAUGAUCGAUUGUUUGCAGAUCGGCCUGGCCUUGCUCGGUAUAAUCAUCGUCGUCGCUGUUGUCAGUCCCUGGUUGAUGAUACCGACUUUCCUGAUCGGGAUUGUCUUUUAUUUUUUCAGGAUAUUUUAUUUGAGGACCAGCAGGAAUGUCAAGAGAUUGGAGGGAACAACCCGGAGCCCUGUAUUUUCCCACUUGAAUGCGUCACUCUUAGGAUUAACCACGAUAAGAGCGUUUGGCGCAGAAGAAAUUUUGACUCGUGAGUUUGAUAAUCACCAAGACUUGCAUAGUUCAGCUUGGUACAGUUUUAUAUCUACCUCGAGAGCAUUUGGGUACUGGUUGGAUUUAGUAUGUAUUGGGUACAUUGCAUUGGUGACCUUUAGUUUUCUACUAAUUGGAACAGAGAAAUUUGGUGGGAAUGUUGGGUUAGCAAUUACUCAAGCUAUCGGUCUGACAGGUAUGUUCCAGUGGGGUAUGAGACAAUCCACAGAACUCGAAAAUCAAAUGACAUCAGUAGAAAGGGUAGUGGAAUACACUAAUAUAGAACAUGAAGCCGAAUUGGAGUCCACCCCGAGCAAGAAACCGCCAGAUUCCUGGCCCAAAGAUGGAAACAUCGAAUUCAGACACGUAUUUUUGAGGUAUUUCCCCCACGAUCCCUACGUACUGAAAGAUCUAAACUUCACGAUAUUGGCUAAAGAGAAAGUUGGUAUAGUUGGUAGAACAGGUGCAGGAAAAUCCUCUCUCAUCAACGCAAUUUUUCAACUGAGCGACACGACUGGAGAGAUCUUGAUAGACUCGGUUAAUAUUUCCGAUAUCGGACUGCAUGAUUUGAGGUCGAAGAUUUCUAUAAUUCCUCAGGAGCCAGUGUUGUUUUCGGGCACUAUGAGGAAGAAUUUGGACCCGUUCGAUGAGUAUUCAGACGCCGACCUGUGGAGGGCUCUGGAAGACGUCGAACUCAAAGAGGUCGUCGAAGAUCUGACGGCCGGCCUCAACUCGAAGAUGUCUGAGGGUGGCACCAACUUCAGCGUCGGGCAGCGGCAGCUCGUCUGCCUCGCCAGGGCCAUCCUGCGCCAGAACAAGGUGCUCGUGCUGGACGAGGCGACGGCCAACGUCGAUCCGCAAACGGACCACCUCAUCCAGAACACGAUCAGGCGCAAGUUCGCGUCGUGCACAGUGCUCACUAUCGCGCACCGGCUGAACACCGUCAUGGACUCGGAUAAGGUGCUGGUGAUGGACGCGGGCAGCGUGAGGCAGUUCGGGCACCCGUUCGAGUUGCUGGAGGACCGGGGCGGCAUUUUCCACGGGAUGGUUCAGCAGACUGGGAAAGCGAUGGCGGAGAGUUUGCUCGCGGUCGCUAAGCGAAGUUACGAACAGCUGGACAGAUGAAUAUUUUGAAGACCUAACAUACGGGCUGAAUAGGUUCCUUUGAAUAACUCUGAAUCUGUGGUAAAAUGUACUAGUGCAUGAGUCACAAUGGUCUCAAAUGUUAUGUGAUUUGCAGGAGAAAGUAUUAUAUCCAAUAUAUCGGUUUUGCCAUAGUUCAAUUUAGCAAAUUGAACGAUUUGUUGAAUAAGUAUAUUUAUAAAUGUUUGCCUUGCUACGUCAGCAUCAGGCAACAGUUACAGUUUGUGUUUGUAGUGAUUUCACUGGUGACUUAUUUGAAAUUAUUUCCAGCUUCUGUAUGUUAUACAGGGUGGGAUGAUAGGAUUGACAGGGCGCCAGAGGCCGAUUUUUAUUAUUAAUAAAAGAAAGAGAAAUAAACUUAUGGAUGAAAUUUCUGAUCCAUUCUCACGCCUAUACAGUACAUGACACUUCGCCUCAUGGACAAGACAGUGAAUGAAUAAAAAGGAAAUAACUUCGGUAUCAUUAACGGAAAAGAUAUCUAUCUAUAUCUCAGCUAUC